AUGAAUAGCUUUGAUGGGACUAAAUCUAUUAAGGAUGGGAAUGAUGCCGAGCCAAUUCAGUCAUCUCCUGUCAAAUGGAAGGGUACUAGUAUGUCAUGGCAAGACAAACCAUUGGAUUGUAAUGAGAAAUGUGAUAAUAAUUCAAGGGAGAGCAGAGUAACUAGAAAUUCAUGUGAAGACUCUCAACAAUGUGAGACUGGAAGAAGCUAUGAAAGUGAGAGAAUGGGAGCUUCAAGCAGCCAUGAGGAUGGAGACCCAGGCUCUGGAAGAAGCACUAGCAGUUCAGAAAUAUUUGAAGAUGCAACAGACCGUCACAAUAUAGAGAAGUAUAUGCCGUAUCUCACAGAGGAGUCUUCCUUCGUUUAUCCAGAAUUAUACGAGUGUUUAGUGUCAUCUCUUCCCAAUAUAGUGAAGGGAUGCCAAUGGCAUUUCUUUCCAAUGAAGGGCAGUACGAUAAAACAUGGUAUAUCACUCCGCACGCUUAUUCGUAGAAGUGCUGAUCUUCCUGGUCCUUGUUUGCUGAUUGUUGGAGACAAACAAGGCGGGCGCGGUGUUUGGUGGACUACUACAAUCCCCUCUAAAACCUACUCCGAAGCGGAAGUACCAAGGACAAAUCAAACCUUUGUGUUUACAAAUAUAUAUGGUGGACCAAGGUUGUUCAGACCACUGACAGCGAGAAUCAAAUAUAGAGAUAUGAUUGACAAAGAGAUGAGAGAAGCAGAGGAGAGAAACACGAGUGUGAUAGACAUAGUUGGUGUGAGAGACGAGAUGAGAUGUGAGAAACAAUACAAGAGAGAGAGUGGGAGAGGCCAAACUAGAGAAGAGAAGAGAUGGGAGAAGUUGAGAGAGAAAACAUGCCAGGUGGUUGCUGGUUCUACCAGGGUCAGCUGGCAUUGCCAAACAGUGGAGUUUCUGGAGACGAGAGUCUGGGGAAGUCUUCACCCUUCUAUCAUUGAUGUUGAUCCCUUGCCUAGUAUGUCAGACUAUGAAGGGACUGAUUUGGUGGGGGGUCUCACAUAUACACUUUUGAGCCUCAUAAAAGAACACUUUACAUUCUUGUACAGCGAAGCAUAUCUUUUCUGCACCUUGCAGAUACACUUCAGAGGUGCAUACCUCAAGCACCUAGAUGAAACAUUAAAACUGCUGGCUGCGCCUGCUAAUGUGCUAAACCUUGCACCUUAUGCGUGCUUUUAG